AAAAGAUUCUUCGUUCGAAGCAAUUCGGUUUAAGAGACGAACGUAAGCUCCGCGGACCGGACUGUGAUGGCAUCCACGGGGCUGCAGAUAUUGGGCAUUGCGCUGGCUGUGAUCGGAUGGCUUGGGGACAUUAUAAUAUGCAUACUGCCCAUGUGGAGGGUGACCGCAUUUAUCGGCAACAACAUCGUAACGGCUCAGAUUAUCUGGGAAGGUCUAUGGAUGACCUGUGUAGUACAGAGCACGGGCCAGAUGCAGUGCAAGGUGUACGACUCGAUGCUGGCUCUGCCUCAGGACCUGCAGGCAGCUCGCGCACUGGUCGUCAUUUCUGUACUUGUGGCUGUCUUCGGAAUUCUAUUGUCAGUCGUCGGGGGCAAGUGUACUAAUUGCAUUGAAGACGAAUCUGCCAAGGCUAAAGUUGCUAUUGCCUCUGGGGUCUUCUUCAUCAUGGGUGGAGUCCUCUGCCUGAUAACUGUCUGCUGGUCCGCAAACACCAUUAUUCGAGACUUCUACAACCCCUUGGUCACCGACGCACAGAGAAGAGAACUCGGUGCUGCGCUCUACAUUGGUUGGGGAGCCGCGGGAUUGCUUCUUCUAGGAGGAGGGAUUCUUUGCUGCCAGUGUCCGCCGAAAGAAGAUCGCCCAUACACAGCCAAAUAUUCUUCUGCUAAGUCUGCCGGUAGCGCAAAGGACUAUGUAUAAAUUGUUCUUGGACUCUUCAGGCCUUCAUCUUUCUUUUAGUAUUACUGAUUGCUCUGUUUCCUGCUGUUUCCACUCAAAUUUUGCUGUUUACUGUUACAGCGAAGUAUUAUUUUAUAACACUUUAUUUUUAAAUGAAUGUAUUAUUUGCCAGUUGACUUCUUUUUAUGUAAAUUAGCAUACUGUGUCAUUCUAAUUCCACAUUUAAGCCCAUAGAAACAAACCUUGCUGUUUAAAGUUUCAGGGAUUGCAAACAGACAUUCUUUUGUAUGUGUCGGUUAUCUAUUCUGUAGCCGUUUUACAGGUUAUUUCAUUCAGCACUUUUAGUCUUUUCCUGUAUUUUAAGUAGAACAUUAAGAUGCAAAAGAUAACAUACUUUAAACAAUCAGUAAAUGUAGUCACUAAGCUAAGCGCACUUGACGUUUUAACAUAAAAUGUUUUAACAUACCUUUGUAAACAUUACAAAAAUAAAGCUAUUUGUAUAAACUGA